AUGAAGCUGUCAAACCAGUCCGAGGUACCGGUGUAUACCAUCUCGGGCUCCAACACAGCCCGACCUUUACCCGAAUGGCUGGCACGACGCCGCAAGCGCAGCUUGAAGGAUGACCCGGAGUAUGCGAAUCGCAUCGAGUUGCUGCAGGACUUUGAGUUCGAGGAGGCCAGUCAGUGCGUCAAGGUCAGCGAGGAUGGUGAAUGGGUUAUGAGUACAGGCACAUACAAACCUCAGAUUCAUGUUCACCAAUUGUCGCAACUGUCCCUGUCAUGGGCACGACACACCGUAGCUCUCAACACGAAAUUCCUGCUCCUCUCGUCCGACUACUCAAAAUCCCUCCACCUUCAAGGCGACCGCUCUCUUGAAUUCCACACCCCGCAAGGAUGUCAUUACACCACCCGGCUUCCACGAUACGGACGUGACCUUGUCUAUGACCGUCAGUCAACUGAGGCGUUGAUUCCCUCUGUCGGUGUCAACGAGAACGGUCUGGGUGAGGUCUUUCGGCUGAAUAUGGAACUUGGGCGAUACAUGCGAUCUUUCGAAAUCGAAGUCGGAGGCGAUGACUUUACAUCUGCUGGAGGCGGUGCCUUGCAAGGCGGUAUUAACACCGGUUCAGUUAACACAGGUGCUAUCGCGGAGGAGAGUCACAACCUUCUUGCAUUUGGUACAUCGAUAGGAACAGUGGAGCUUUGGGAUCCCAGAGCCAAGGGCCGAGCGGGCAUUCUCCUGCCACCCGCCCAGUCUGUCGGCGACGUGACGCGGUCUGAAAUCACCGCACUGGAGUUCCACCGUAACGGUUUGACGCUGGGAACCGGCUCGUCUAACGGCUUGAUUCACCUCUACGAUCUCCGAUCGCCAGUCCCUCUGCUAAAGAAGGACCAAGGAUAUGGCUUCCCUAUUCACACCCUCAAGUUCCUUCAAGCGUCAACCGAGACACGAGAGGCGACCAUGGAUCCUAAGAUUAUGUCGGCCGAUAAGAGGAUUAUCAAGAUCUGGGAUCCCCGUGAUGGUACCCCUUGGACUUCUGUGGAGCCCGCUGUGGACAUCAACGACGUGGCCUGGUGUAAGGACAGCGGAAUGCUCCUGACUGCCAACGAAGGCCGCCAGCAGCACUCCUUCUUCAUUCCCCAGCUCGGACCCGCACCCAAGUGGUGCUCGUUCUUGGACAACCUGGUCGAAGAGAUGGCCGAGGACCCGAACGACCCCAACGCAUUCACCAGCGCCCAGGCUGGCUCUAUUUACGACAACUACAAGUUCUUGACCGUGCCCCAACUGCGCACGCUCAACUUGGAGCACCUCAUUGGUCGCACCAACCUCCUGCGACCAUACAUGCACGGUUACUUCGUUGCUCAACGUUUGUAUGAGGAGGCGAGAUUGAUCACGAACCCGUACAUCUGGGAAGAAGAGCGCGCCAAGCGUGUCAAGGAGAAGAUCGACAAGGAGCGUGAGAGCCGUAUCCGUGGCAAGAAGAAGGCCGCCGUCAAGGUCAACAAGAAGCUGGCCGAGAGACUGCUCAACGCAGAGGAGAAGCAAGAGCGCCGCAGGGCCAAGCAAGUCCUGGAGCGUGGCGGUGACGCCGACAUGGUCGAUGCACCUGCCGUGGAGAUCGAAAAGACCGAGAAGAAGGGUGUUCUGGGCGACAACCGUUUCAACAAGCUGUUCGAGGAUGAAGACUUCGCCGUUGACGAGAACUCCUUCGAGUUCAAGCUGAUCAACCCCAGCACCAUCCCCGACGCUCCACCAAAGAAGGAACGCGGCUUGACUGCCGUCGAGCAAGAAGCCAUCGAUGACGUCCCCGGCUCUAGCGACGACGACUCAGCCUCCGACAGCGAAGCUGAAAAGCCCGUUAGAGAAAAGGCCUCUACCAAGAUCUCCUCCGCAGACUACAAGCGCACCAAGCGACCCCCACCACGCAUGCAAAUUUCCUCCUCCACACGCACAAACUCCACCCGAGACCGAUCAUUCGGCUCACGCGCGCAGAACAUGAAGACGAAGCAAAGACCCACACGCACGAACGGCGUCGUCGGUGAACGCGAGGUUAGUUUCAUGCCCGCUUCGAAGUCGAGGAAGCAAAAGCCCGAGGUUCAAUAUGAUAAGACCGAGUUCCGGGCCAAGGAACGUCGUAGUGCUUCGGGCAACACGUUCCGCAAGAUGUGA